CUGUCAUCCACGCGAUGAAUGAAAUCCAAAAAGCACAUGAAACAAUUCAAUAAUUCAAAAGUAAAUAAACUAAGGAGUGUUAGUAGCAAUGGCACGCACGGAACAGGAUUCGAAAAAAGAGAAACGUAAGGCGAAGAAGCGUAAGCACGAAGUGCCCCCAGUGGGCAGCGGUAGUGAUGAUGAAACAGUGGCCGAUAAAAGUCUGAUUGUGGAGGAGCGUCCACAGCAAGAGUCUGAAGCAGAGGACCUACCGCAGCCGAAAGUUAAGGCAUCAAAGCGCAAGCAACUUGCGGAUGGGGCUGACAUUAAGGAAAAGCGCAAGAAGGACGAGAAUAAUGCUGCAGAACCUAGUGACGACUUACCGACAGCUGAUCAGCUGAAGGAAGCAGCAAUGCCUGAAAACUUAAAUGCCGUUGUUACAGUGAGACAGAAGAAAAAGCAAAAGCAUCUGAAGCGCCUGGAAGCACAAAAGGAUCAAUCUGCCGACAAGGAGGCCAAACGCAAUGAAGAAUAUUUGCGCAAGUGGAGGGACUCACGACAAGAUUGGAAGUUUGAAAAACUUCGACAGAUUUCCAUACAACAGACCGCCUUUGAUGAGAAAAAAUUAAACGAUGAUGUGUGGACAAUUGCGCUGGAAUAUCUAGCAGGGUCCAAGGGCGCGGGCAAGGAAACCAUGAUUAAAUUAGCCGAGGAUGCUAUACAAAAACUUGACAAAGAGUGUGAGGAACUCAGCGAAGAGGUUGAGCGCCAGGCUGUAGUGGAUUCAACACGUUACCAACGCGCACGUCAACUGCUGCAGAGCUUCGACUAAGGAUGUAUUUAAUAAGUUUGAAGUUAUUAGCAACAAUUCGUUUUU